UUGAUUUCCGGUAAACAUGGCUGUGUGUUGUUGAGGCUGUGAACAACAACGAGUCAAACAAUAUAAAUAUAUAUCGUCUGUUAGUUUCAGAGUUUCAUAUUUUCUUAUUCUCCUCCGGUCAGUGACGGACUGUUGAUCUAACGGUCGGUCCGCAGCUGUCGUCAUGGAAACAGAGGAGCAGGCCAGGAACCGGUUCCAGUCUGAGUUGGAGUUCGUUCAGUGUUUGGCGAAUCCAAACUAUCUGAACUUUUUGGCUCAGAGAGGUUUCCUGAGAGAGAGGCCGUUCAUUAACUACCUGAAGUAUCUGCUGUACUGGAAAGAGCCGGAGUACGCCAAGUUCCUCAAGUAUCCUCACUGCCUUCACAUGCUGGAGCUGCUGCAGUACGAACACUUCAGGAAGGAGCUGGUCAACGCUCAAUGCGCCAAGUUCAUAGACGAGCAGCAGCUGCUCCACUGGCAGCAUUACUCCAGGAAACGCACCCGGCUGCAGCAGGCGCUCGCCGAGCAGCAGCAGCCGCAGCAGCAGCCGCCGCCGCACGGCAACGCCACCGCCAAGUGAUGAUGAUGAUGAUGAUGAUGACGACGUAUACGAACAUGAGGGAAAGUUAAAGAGUGGCUGCUCUGAUGAUUCACCGUCUAAUAACAGUCAGACUGAUGAAGAGGAGCUGCAGAUGAAUAAACACUCACACUCCUUUUGUUUUACUUUGCAAACUCGACACUGACUCAGGUGACAUCAUCAGUGACAUCAUCAGUGACAUCAUCAGCCUCCUCCAGAGACACAUCAUGCUUCAAACACCUGGAGACGCACGAAAGAUCUCAGUAGUUCAUCUUUAAUAAGCAGCAGUGAGAGUUUGCUGCGGCUCCAUCCAGGACUGUACGAUUAUCUUCGAGCUUCUCCGUCAAACAUUCUGCUCAUAAAAGCUGAAACAGUGAAAAUAAAGAUUCACUAGAUGGUUGGAAAUCUUGUUGGUGACAAAAAAACAGGAUUUAAUCUGAUGUAGAAACGUUGUCUCCAUGAUAAAGUCAGAUAAACAGUGUGCAGUAAAGACAGACUUCUGCUGUAAAACACUCUUCUGAUGACAAUAAUCAUAUUUAUUCUCACAGCUUUCAGGUCACUAACAAGAUUUUCUGCCAUUUAAUAAAUUCAUAUUUUCAUUCAUUUCUGUGUGAUAUUGUUUUCUUUACAGCAGAUCUUUGACUGAAAUGUUCAGAUUAUAUUUAUUAUACAGUCCUGGAUCAGAGCUCACAGAGUAUUAACAUGUUUCAGUUGUUGCUCAGAUGUUUUUGGUUAUUAACUAAAUGUGAAUGAACGAUGACAUAUGAUCCUUAUCACUUCUGUUAGAGUCUAAAAUUAGUUCAACUUUAUAGAAAAAAACAUUUUCAAGGUGUAUUUUUCCCUGUGGCCCAAUUCUGCUUUCACUUUUCUUUUUUUUAAUAAAGUAUUUGAAAUAAGAAAUGUUGAGAUUCCCUUUGAUUUGUGUGUAAAAAAACAAACCUUAAAUAUCCUCAUGAUUUAUAUCAACAGUUAAUUAUUCGCAUAUUUAAUCAUUACUAUUUAAAAUAAUGUGUUUCAUAUUUGGAUAUUUAGCAAACAUUCCCUUUUGCUUCUUUUUUUACGCAAUGUACUA